UAGCACAUAGGUUUAAUUUAGUCGCUGGGAACAUAUUCUGAGCCCGGAGCGGAGCCUCACUCCUCUUCCAUCCGUGUCGCCUUAACAGCUUUCCAGACGUUCUCCAGAAAGCUGCGCGCCGCCGAGCCCGGAGCGAUGGGAGAGGCCGAGACCCGUCAGAAACUGCUUCGCAGUGUGAAGAAGGAGGUGAAGCAAAUUAUGGAGGAAGCAGUAACGAGGAAAUUUGUGCAUGCAGACAGCAGCCACAUUAUCUCCUUUUGUGCUGUAGUAGAGGCAUGCGUGCUGCAUGGACUGAAGCGUCGAAUUGCAGGCUUGCUGUGCAGUAAUAAGGUCGCUGCACUCUUUAUGAAGGUGGCAAAGAGCUUUUCUUCUGCUGAAGAGCUCUGUCGCAAGGUUCAGGAGCUGGAGCAGCUUAUUGAAAACAGUAAGCAGAACAUUUCGUCACUCAGUAAUGACCGCAGCCGGCAGUCAAAGUUGCCUAACCUCCCCCCUCAGGCUCUGAAACACCUGUGGAUUCGAACAGCCUUGAUGGAGAAGCUCCUGGACAAGAUUGUUCUUUAUUUGGUGGAAAACAGCAGUGCAUUUUAUGAUAAAGAAGCCAUGCUGAUGGAUCCUGUAGAAGGACCAAUCCUUGCAUCUCUACUGGUUGGGCCAUGUGCACUGGAGUACACCAAAGUUAAGACGGCGGACCAUUUCUGGACAGAUCCAUCUGCUGACGAGCUCGUACAGCGGCAUCGAAUCCACAGCAGCCACUGUCGGCAGGAUUCUCCCUCCAGAAGGCCUGCUUUGAUCCAGAAGAGACAGUCCAGUGGUAGCAUGGAUGAUCGGCCUCUUACAUGGGUGAGAGAGUAUGUGGAGUCCCUCCACCAAAACUCCCGAGCCACACUGCUGUUUGGAAAGAACAAUGUUCUGGUGCAGCCAAGAGAUGGCAUGGAGGCCAUUCCAGGCUACCUUUCUCUUCAUCAAACUGCAGAUCUCAUGACACUGAAGUGGACUCCAAAUCAGUUGAUGAAUGGCAAUGUUGGGGAGCUUGAUUCUGAAAAGAGUGUUUUCUGGGAUUAUGCAAUGACAAUUCGUUUGGAGGAGAUUGUGUAUCUCCACUGUCAUCAACAAGUAAACAGUGGCGGUACUGUAGUUUUGGUGAGUCAAGAUGGAAUUCAAAGACCUCCACUACAUUUUCCCAAAGGAGGUCACCUGCUCCAGUUUCUCACUUGUCUGGAGACUGGCCUGCUACCUCAUGGACAGCUGGACCCUCCACUCUGGAAUCAGAGAGGAAAGGGAAAGGUUUUCCCUAAAUUGCGACGAAGAAGUCCGCACAGCUCAUGUGAUUCCGUAUCAGAUAAGGAAGAGGAUGAAGCAACUGAUUAUGUGUUUCGUAUCCUCUUCCCUGGCAAUCAGAUGGAGUUCAUGCCUCUUGAGAUGAUGGAUCAGGGUGUUAAUAUGUGGCAGCCAACACCUAGAAAGUCCUCCUGCUCCUCCUGUUCACAGAACGGCUCCUCUGACGGCUCUCUACCUAACGGCUGCAAUCAUGAAAGGGCUCCUAUAAAGCUCCUUUGCGACACAAUGAAAUACCAAAUAAUCUCUCGGGCUUUCUAUGGAUGGCUUGCAUACUGUCGCCAUUUAUCCACAGUCCGGACGCACCUUUCUGCUUUGGUCAACACCACUAUAGUUGAUCCAGAUGUACCUUGUCAUGCUCGAGGUGGGCUCACUGUGGAGGUUUGGGAAAAUUUCCUCAAGGACAGCUCUGCAUUUGAGGAAAAGGAGAUACACAGGCUUGUGUAUUUCGGUGGUGUGGCCUCAACACUUCGCAAACAGGUUUGGCCCUUUUUGCUGGGACAUUAUCAGUUCACCAUGACUGAGAAAGUCAGACAGGAGAUCGACGAUCGAAUGCGAGCUUUGUAUGAACAGACGAUGAAGGAGUGGCAGGGCUGUGAGAUCAUAGUGCGUCAGAGAGAGAGGGAGAAGCACGCUGAGGCCAUCGCACGAUGUUCUUCUGGAGCCAGCGUAGAACGAGGUCCCAUUCAGCGGGACUCCACCAUCAGCACAGAUUCGUCUCUGAGUAGCAGCUCAGACCAACAAAAUGCCCACUCACAGAGUGAUUCCAGAAGCAGUGCUCAGGUGUUUGAAUCAGUUGAGGCUGAAUCCAUGGCUGAAGGAGAAGAGAUCCCACCCAUAGGUCUUCUGAGGACCACAGACGGUCCACAACCUCCCACCAGUGAAUCCUCCAUCUCUGCUGUGUCAAAUCAACAUCCAGUUCCAGACAACGCUACUGUACCAGAAUCAGCAAAUGAACCUACAGCCUCUCAGCAGACAGCCGAAGUAUCAGAAACCUUCAGUGAGGAAAUUACGACAGAGUCAGAGCCAGCAAUAAGUGAAUCUGCAAGACAAGAUGCCAAACUCCCAGACCUUGAGGAAGAGGCUUUGAUUCAGAAGAAGGAGAUACAUUUGGAAAGUGAGGCUGCUGCGGAGACAGGAAUUAAUAAAUCCAAAGAGUCAUCUGCAGCUGAAAGUAAAAAUCUUAUGACCCAUGGGAUUGGAAAAGAAGUAAACACAAAUAUUAAUCGGAAGUCAGCUCCAGAAAACACUAAUGUUCUGAAGCUGGAAACAGAAAUACACAAUGAAUAUUUCCAAGCACCUCCACUUGGAGAAACUUUGACUCUUCAAACACACAAGAUCAAAGAUCUCGAAGGGGAAAGGUCUUGUCCAGAGACAUCAAGAGAAAACACAGAUUCUCAGAGUGACAAAAAACCACAGGAUUCUAAAAAACCUGAAGAUACAGAAUCAACUGUUUGUAACUUUGCUGAAACCAAAAAAGCAGCAGAGAUGGAACUUGAGAAACCAGAUUCAAACUCUCCAGUCAGACAAGUAUUAAAUGCUCUUCAGACAGCCUCGAGAGGCGGCUUCUCAUUGUCGUCCCACUCGCGGCACUCUCCAGAUGCAGUGGAUUCAGAUGACUCUCCCUCUGCCUUGGAAAUGGAGGACAUUCCUGCAGGGAUAACAUGUGUGACUUCAGAAGACAUUAAGCCCAGGCCUUUGAUAGGGCUUGCUGCACCUCCCAUCUCCCUGGCACAAAGGGAGAAAAUGGCUUCAGAGAGGCUUGCCCAAGAUCACCAUCUGGACACAGCAUGCAACACCAGCCCUGAGGGCACAGACCUGGGUCUUUCUGAGGAGGAGGCUGAGAUGGAUAAUGUGCUCACUGAACCAGAAUCUAGUGUGAUUGGAGGUGUGACAAAAUAUGAAGAAUCCUCUGAGGAACAGACCUAUUCACAAGAAACACUCGACAUGUACUUGAUCAACUUGCAUCGCAUCGACAAAGAUGUCAGACGUUGCGACAGAACAUACUGGUACUUCACUACUGACAAUCUUGAGAAGCUGCGUAACAUCAUGUGCAGUUACGUGUGGCAGCAUUUGGAGACUGGCUAUGUGCAGGGCAUGUGUGAUUUAUUGGCUCCCCUUCUGGUUAUUCUGGAUGAUGAGGUAAUGGCGUUCAGCUGCUUCACCGAACUGAUGAAGAGGAUGAACCAGAAUUUUCCCCAUGGGGUUGCCAUGGACACUCACUUUGCCAAUAUGCGGUCACUUAUACAGAUCCUGGACUCUGAACUGUUUGAGCUGAUGCAACAGAAUGGAGACUACACUCACUUCUACUUCUGUUACCGCUGGUUCCUUCUUGACUUCAAAAGAGAAAUGGUAUAUGACGAUGUGUUCUCUGUGUGGGAAACGAUAUGGGCAGCUAAGUACAGCUCUUCUGGGCACUUUGUGCUUUUCAUCGCUCUUGCCCUUGUGGAGAUGUAUAGGGACAUCAUUCUGGAAAAUAACAUGGACUUCACAGACAUCAUCAAGUUUUUCAAUGAAAUGGCGGAGCGACAUGACGUCCCAAAGGUCUUGAUGAAAGCCAGAGAACUGGUCCACCAAGUUCAGACUCUCAUAGAAAACAAGUAACACUAAACAAGCUGCAUUCCAUGACCCCGUGACUGGUGUACAACAUUGUUUCAAAGAUCCUGGCAUAUGACGACGUCAACUAAAGCUGUGUUUGGACUAGUGUUGGAGGUCAUUAAAGCUGCUUAUUAUUCUAACAGUGGUUGUAAAACAACUUCUCACCAGUUGUUCCUCUUAAUAUACAGGAGAUGCAAGUAUUGCCAGUAAAUUCAUUUUUAAAGUGUUAUUGUUCACCCAGUGAAUGUGCCCUUGUAGAUAUUGCUCCAGGAUGUUAUUUAGCCUUAAACUUUGCCGUUUGUUUUCAGGGAUACAGCAACCAAAUUCAUUACACUGUUUAUGUUAUUUUACCUGAUACCACAAACAUGUUCAUAUUGAAUUGUAGCUGCCAUUCUUAAACAUCUUGUGGUACACAUUUUACUUGAUAUAGUGUCAUUAUAUAAUUAGGAGGAGCAAAUGAUCGUGUCCAAAUUGCGUGUAGCCAUCACUUGCUCUGCUUUCUGACAUUUAACACGUAUCUUCCUGUGUGCUGUGCCUCCGAUGCGCUCAAGCCUUGAAAACAUGCAGACCCAAACUCUGUGCAGCCCAGCUUGAAUGCACGCAUUUUGAUCAUAGACACCAUUUAAACAUUUCCACUGGUAGCUCCAGCCUUCAUGCUCCCUCUCUCCAUCUCUGACAGCCUCUUUGCAUCGAUACACAUGUGAUUCAGCCUGCUGGAGUUCGUACUUUGACUCAUAUGUCAGCUUUUAUUUCUGUGCAGGCCAACGCCUCUCGGAAAUCAGCUUGUGCAGCUGCAGACAUUUAUUGUGCUCACUUAUUUUUAUAAAGUUAUAUAAGUAGCAGUGCUCUGUGUUAAUGCUCCUGUUCAGCAUGAAAACAUCAGCUGAUGAUGCUCAUUAAAUCAACAGGUGCAGCACCAACAGAUUCUGCUUCAGUGCACCAUCAGGAGAGCGAUGCUAGGGCAACUUUAAGUGGUGGAAAGCAUUACUCUGUUUUCACGGCACGUAACGCUUCCAUCUUUUGCUUUGACCACAACAGAUUCUUCUCUAUCUUACCGUCAUGGUCUAAUUAGCUGACAGGAGCACCUCUCUUCACUUUUACCACAACAAUCUUUACAUCUUCUGAAAUACAAGUUUACAUGCUUGCCACUCAGGAUUUAGGUAUGAUGAGUAAUCUUGAUUUUUAAGGCUGGUUUAUUCCCAAACAAAACAGUUCACCAGGAUUCACUAAGUUGUUUAUUCUAAAAACCUGUUUCACAUCAGUGAAUACAUUCAUUGAGAUUUUUGAGUUAGUAUUGACUAGACACUCAUCCAUAUAUUAGAAAGCACAAAAAAAUGUUUUGUUUAUAUUUCUUCUCUUAUGUGAGGAUUCAGAGAUGAAAAAUGGAGUGUACCAUUUAAUAGCAGUGCGUUGUUCCUGGAGAUUUUGAUCCCAAUAUUUGGACACCUUUUUUCAGAGGCUAACCCUGAUAAUACUUAUCUGAAAAUCUCGAGAAACACACAGACUGUAUUGGUGCCACAUCACAGUUGCAAAAUAUCUGACAUACUUGAGUUGAUUCAUCAUGUGGCUUAAGUCCCAGUGUUUUGGUAUCGCCGCUAACGUGUCCCCAUAUGAACUAAAACCUGCCUGAAUAUCGCUUGUGUGUUGCUGUUUGUGAUCAGAAGAUAAACAUUAUGAUAUAAAGUGUGCUGAAGCAGAUUUACUGUACAAAUACUUAGCUGGUACAUAUUUAAUAAAUGCAAUAUAAUGUCUGUAUAUGAGUUUAGUCUAAUAAUGACAAAAGGUAAAAGAUAUACUAUUGGAAAAAUAUUUUUUUCUGUCUUCUGAAAUGGUCACCAAGUAUCAUUAAUUUAUUGUGUAUUAAAAUAUUAUAUUUUGCAGCC